UAUUUCUUCAGACCUAGCUGAGCAGAAUGAAAUUGUGAACAAGCAUAACGCCCUGAGGAGAGGAGUUGACCCGGCAGCUAGCAACAUGUUGGAGAUGGUACGGUCCAAUAUCAAAGAGCAUGGUGUGCUCCACUGAUGUGGAUUCAUUUGAUUUGGUGCUCCGCUUGAUACAACAUGCAUUUAGUCAAAGAUCAAACGACUAUCCAGUAAAAGCUCUGGGAGAUGUCCACUGUGCAUGUCCAGUAACGGCCGCUCUGUCCACAGAGCUGGAACGACGAGGGUGCAGCCAACGCUCAGAGAUGGGCCGACACCUGCUCCAUGUCGCACAGCGCCAGCAACAUCAGAAACAUCGGCAGUAGAGGAACAUGCGAUCCCGGAGCAGCAGCCUGGAGGACCAACCCAGGGCCGAGGCGGCGCAGCAGCGGGCGGACGCACGCAAGCGAUCGGCGGAGCGAUCCGAGCCCUCGGGAAAGGCCGAGCGCCGCAGCCGGCGCCGGGAGCCGCCGGACGACACCGGCACCGUUCGGCGGAACCGCAAGACGGACAAGAACGGCGCCGGCGGGAGCGGGAGCAGCAGCGCCGGCGGAGCUGCAAAAGGAGGGCAGAAGGAGAAGGGCCGGGACCUUUCCCGAGAUGACCUCGUGUUUCUCCUGAGCUUGCUGGAGGGAGAGCUGCAGGCCAGAGACGAGGUGAUCACCGUGCUGCGGGCAGAGAAGAUGGACGUGGCCCUGCUGGAGGCCAAAUACGGCUUCGUCACGCCGCAGACGGUCCUGCAGUCGCUGCAGCGGGACGCCAUCCAGGGCGAGGCCGACGUCUUCCAGGAGGACAUCUACGAGAAGCCCAUGGUGGAGCUGGACAAGCUGGUGGAGAAGCAGAGGGAGACGCACCGGCGGAUGCUGGAGCAGCUGCUGAUGGUGGAGCAGGCGCACAAGCAGGCGCUCUACAAGCUGGAGGACGAGAAGAGGAACCACGGGGAGUUCAUGAAGAAGAGCGACGAGUUCACCAACCUGCUGGAGCAGGAGCGCGAGAGGUUGAAGCUGCUAAUCGAUCAGGAUAAGGCCUACCAGAAAAGAAGGGACGACGAGAACAACCAAAAGGUCACGAGUCUCAAGGAGGAGCUGACCAAACUCAAGUCCUUUGCGUUGAUUGUCGUGGAUGAACAGCAGCGUCUCACCGAGCAGCUGGAUCAACAAACGGCGAAGGUCCAAGAACUGAUUGCCGGUGCAUCGCAAGCCCAGGAGGAGCUGAGCUCGGCUAAUGCCCGUCUGCAGGAGGAGGAGCUCAAGGUCUUUCGCUUGGAGGCGGCGCUGCGUGACCAAGGCGGUCGAUACCACCAGGAACAAGAGGCCAUGACAGCCAAACUGACCUGCGAGGAUGCCCAAAGCAGGCAGCUGCGCCAGAAGCUGUCGACUCUCAGCCGGCAGCUGGACGACCUGGAGGAGACCAACAAGACCCUCCGGCGAGCGGAGGAGGAACUGCUGGAGCUCAGGGACAAAAUUAGCCGCGGCGAGUGUGGAAACUCUAGCCUCAUGUCUGAGCUGGAAGAGUUGCGGAAAAGGGUACUUGAAAUGGAGGGAAAGGACGAAGGGUUGAUCCGAAUGGAGGACCACUGCAGCGACCUCAACAAGAAACUGGAGAAAGAGGCCAAUCAGAGCCGGAGCUUGAAGGCCGAAGUCGACAAACUGAACCACAGAAUUAUGGACUUGGAGAAAUUAGAGGACUCUUUCAGCAAGAGCAAACAAGAGUGCAACUCACUCAAAAGUAAUCUGGAGAGGGAGAGGACGGUGUCAAAGGUUCUGACCAGUGAGCUGGAAGUCUUGAAAGUCAGGGUGGGAGAACUGGAGGUGGCUGAAAGCCAACUGGGAAAGACCGAGCUGACACUGAAGGAAGAUCUCACCAAGUUAAAGACUCUGACCGUCAUGCUGGCGGAUGAGAGGAAGGCAAUGGCGGAGAAGCUCAAGCAAAUGGAGAACAAGGUCCAGAACAGCACCGGCAAACUGCAAGCUGAACAGGACAAAGUUACGUCAGUAACCGAGAAGCUAAUUGAGGAGAGCAAGAAAGCACUGAGGUCAAAGGCCGAGCUGGAGGAGAAAAUGUGCAGCGCCACAAGGGAAAGGGACGACUUGAAGGCCAUGUUGCUCGCCGAAGAGGAAAAGAGCAACGAUUCGGAGUCUAAAAUCAACAUGAUGAAGAAAAGGUUGCAAUCGCUCGAGAACAUAGAAAGAGAAUACGCGAGAAGCAAAGCCAAAGAGGAGAACGUCAAAGCGCCGGUUGCAAAACGCUUCCAACUAGAGGAGAACCAAGUCAAGGACUUGACGCAGGAGGUGAAGCGCCUGAGGCACAGAUUAAAGGACAUGAAGGUGGUGGAGGGAGACCUCCUAAAAACAGAGGAGUUUGAAUCACUGGAGAAAAGAUUCGCCGAUGAACAAGAGAAAGGUAAAGCCUUGAUGGAGAAGCUGGAAAUAUCCAGAAAAGAACUUUCGAAGUACCAACUGGCUGAAAAGAAAGAGUGCAACCAAGAGCACGUUCUCUACAAACGCUUGAAGGACGAGGAGGCGAAGUCGAGCCAUUUGACCAGAGAGGUAGCGGCUCUAAAAGAGAAGAUCCACGAGUACAUGGGGACGGAGGAGUCCAUUUGCCGCAUGAAGACGGACCACUCGACACUCCAGAGGAAACUGACCCAGCAGGAGGUCAGGAACAAAGAGCUGGCCAGAGAAAUGGAGACGCUCACGCGAGAGCUCGAGAGGUACAGGCGCUUUAGCAAAAGUCUUCGCCCCGGCAUGAACGGAAGGCGCUUUUCAGACCUUCACGUCUCGACCAAGGAAGUGCAAACCGAGCCCCUCGACGCCGUGUCUCCCGGCUGGAAGACGGCGGCCCCGCUGGAACGCGCCGUGGUGAACGGCAAGCUGUACGACGAGAGCGACCCCGAGGAGAACGCCAAUUACAGCAACGAGCUCCAGCUCAGCAAAUGCAGCCCCGCGCUGAUCACCGACGUGAACAAUCUCAACAACUUGAGGAGGGCCCGAGUGCCGUUCCUUAAAAACAAAGACGCCGCCCCCCGUCAGGUGAACGGGAAGCUGCAACCGCGGCAGAACGGCAACCACGUGCAGCCGGGAGACGUCGUGCUGACCCACAGUCCCGGGCAGCCUCUGCACAUUAGAGUGACGCCCGACCACGGACACAACACGGCGACCCUGGAGAUCACCGGCCCGACCACGGAGAACACCCAGUCGUUCACCAGCACGGCCGUCAUACCCACAAGCGGAGGUCCGCCCAAACAGAGAAUUACCAUCAUCCAAAAUGCUUCCAUCUCCCCGACUGCCAUAUCCAUUUCCCCCAGAUCUAAAGGUUCCCCGAUCUCUGACGGACUGUGUUCCCCGGAUCGGGCCCUGUCGCCGUUCACGAUUGCGACGUACUCCAGAGCGAUGACUCCAGACUCGUGCGGCUCCGGAACACCAGACAGAGCAAUGUCGCCGAUACAGAUCGUGUCGGUCACGACGGGCGCCCCCGAGCGCUCCCUCUCCGCGGAGCCGCUGGAGCUUCUCGGAGGGCACGCCGUCUUCCGAUUGACCCCGGAAAGGCAAAGCAGCUGGCAGGUCCAGAGGUCCAACAGCUCUGGGACAAACGUCUUCACCACGGAGGAUAACAAAAUCCACAUUCGCUUAGGGAGCCCCUUCAUUCAGAGCAUCAGCACGCCGUCGCAGACACCGAGUCCGGGCCACGCGCCUGGACUCGCGGAGCAAAGGACUCAGCUGCUCGCAAACUGCGGCACUCCCACUGCAAAAGGCAACGGCAAAAUCACAAGUAGCAUCACGAUUACGCCCACCUCCACCCCAAUCCAAAGGCCAUCACAAAUUACAAUACCUCCAGAAGCACUCCGGAGACCGGGGCCGACGAGGAUCCCCAAACCGAAGGGCUACGGCUCCCAGAAAGGGAAAAACAGCACGGUGGCAAACCCCGGGGUGCAGAGCAAGAGUCAGCCGCCGGGAAGGAGCAGCACGCACACACCAACAACAACAACAACAACAAACCAAAUCUCGUGAACCGCGAACUAUGAUACAUUUUCAGAUCAUCCUGAAGGUCACUUUGGAUAUUAAACUGAUUUAUAAAUUAUAUAACACAUUAAAUAGUAAACAAUCAAAGUGCAAUUAAAACUUUUUAAGAGUAUAACCUAUUCCUCAUAUAACAGUGUUUUGUGUCAAUGUGCUCACGCUGUAUUACAUUUUAGAAAGUAGCUCCAGUGUCCAGAUUGGAGUGAACAUGUCAUUGUGAUCAAUACAAAUUAAACUGAUAAUACUAA